GCCUCUCAUAACCAAACGUCAAUGCCCUAUGUCAUAAUUUCAUUGGCAAAAAUCAUAAACAAAUAUGACUGCAAAAGAAUCAUCGACUAUCAAAAGGGUAUUAAGUAAAACUAGGAAGAUAACGGAAACGAACAGAUAAUGUCACCACAUAACAGCAACUAUUGCUAUCACGGGUGCAGUUAAAGCCAUGUCUCUAGUCACAAAAGUACUGCUAAAUUGGAAAAUUUUGUUGUUUGGUUUCACAUUGUUUGUCUCUGUGUGUAUAAUCAACACCCAAAUUGCUGUUGUACCUAUUAGCUGCCUCACAUUCAUCUUAAGUACAGUACUUGUGUGGUUCAUCUCAGUAUGUGUCACAUUUGUGUGUUUGCACAAGCUGUUACAGAGGAACGAACCUGUAGAGGUGGUUAUGUGUCCCAAAUGGAUACGAAAGGCAAAAGGGCAGGUGAAACCUAAUUCUGAAAAAGUUAAGGUUCUCAGUGAAGAUAUUGAUAAGUAUUUUAUCACCAAGUGGUACCAAUAUGUUACUGAAGAUGAAAGCUUUUCGAAUGAAUUGAAGCUAUUUUUGGAGGAGGUAAUAAAUAGAUUCAUAGAUGUGCAACUUAGUAUUGAUACCAAAGUACUGUUGCAUGGGGCUUUGAAUAUUUAUCUCAAACAUUUGAAGGAGUUUAGGAGGAGUUUGAGGAGGCAGCAGAAGUAUAAUGGCAGCUUAGAAGAGUUGUACAGGUAUUCUCACUUAUGUAGUACCAACCACAAACCCAAAGAUUACUUCCUCCAUCAACUUACAACCAAUGUGCUUCACCAUUUUAUCAACUCGGAGCUAUGGAACUCUUUACCAUGCCAAAUAUUGGUGUCUAUUUUAGCCAGGAAACUACUGGCUUACAUCCUAAAAGUAACAUCUAAUCCGGAUGUAUUGAAUUAUGUAGUUUUGAGCUCUGUAGCAUCUGGUGAUGUUAAGAAAAAAUAUGAGUUGGACAAAUAUGCAAGGAUCAAAAUACUGACUCUUGAGGAUAAAACAAAAAAGGUUGUAGAAGAUACAAAAAAGGUUCUUGGGAGCAGUGAAAAAGUACAUGAUACUGUUGAUGGAGCAGAAGCAGUUAGCACUGAUCUUAACGAGAAAAUUCUGGUGAAGAAGGUAGAUAAGAGUAAAAGAGAUAUAAAGCAGUAUAGAGGCGCAGUACCCAAAAUACAUUCAGAUGUUAGGAAAAGGAAAAAGUUUGAUAUGAAAAAGGAUAUUGAUCUAGGUGUGGAUCCCAUUGAAUGGUCAAAAGUAGUAAGUGACCCUGUUAAGAUAUAUGAGCCUAAAAACCAUAAAACUACAAAGACUUGGUGUGACUCGAAAGACUUAGCCUUGGGAGUUUCUUUGGGACAAGAUCCAUUGGAUUUGAUGUGUAGUGAAAGUGUUAGAACUGCAGCAAAACCUAUCUUUAUUUCAGCAAAAAAUGAACAAGAUUCAGCAGCACAUGCAGCAAAUCAGUUUUUGAAUGAAGUCAAACAUACCACUCAAACUACUGUGGAGGACUUUAAAAAAUCCAUCAAGCCAAUAAGUGAUGCUACAGUAAACACUUUGCACAAUAUAAAGGACCUCCAAGAGUCAACAAUGAAUAAAAUUGGGGAUUUCCAGGACGAGGCCGCGGGCAUGGUGGAGGGUAUUCUGGACUUCGGUCGCGCCGGCCUUCGCAAAGGACUUCGGCUCACGGGCUUGCACGACAACAUCGAUCACGCGAAGUCCAGUUUGCAGCAAGCGUCCAGACCACCACCAACUGCUGGUCAACUGAUACCUGGUCAGGGGAGGAAAAGGGCUGGAGCCGGUCGUAUGAACAGGUCCGACUCCAGGGAAAGGACGGUAUCGGAAGACAGUGUUGAUAAUAUCUGGAUCAAUCCAUUACAGAUGGAUUCGCCAAACUUUGAUGGACAUAUCCUUUUGGAGAAACCAGUGGAAAAAGUGGAGGCGAAAGAAGCAACGGAACGCAAAGAAAUGCAGAUACCAUCGAUUUCAACUGAGGACGCUGACAGCAUGGAUAUGCGAAGUGACAGUCCAGAUCCGGAGUACGAGGAUACUGCCGAUCUGGCGUCGAGUAUUGCCAAACUGAGAUCGCUCCUACAACAGAGGUCAUCCGAGUCUAGUAUGUCCACGCCGGCGCUCAGUCCAAUAUUCUUGGAAGCCAAAUAUUAUGGAACAAAAAGGGGUAAACUUGGCUGUAAACCUAAACUUCCUUGUUUGGGCUUUCACAGGCCACCGGAGAUUGAGGAACAAACAGCAGUCGCAGCAGCCGGACCGUCAAGGCCUCCGUUUGCUGAAUGCGUAGGAGGCGGUGACGUAGACGGACCGGAAACAACCGACGGCGUGAUGCCAAGCUUUUACAAGUUCUGUGCUAAAACGGCCACAGGUGUGCUGGACAAAACGUUGCACACAAUCAAGACAGCAUUGCCCGGCAACGCGCCAGGCAUCGAGCAAAAUGAUAAUGCCUGGAUAUUCGUACAGGCUGAACUAGACGAGGGUGAUGUUUUUACCAGAAUGAAGAAACUACUGACUGAACGUAAAGAAUUCUGUACCUUAGAUAAUGAAAUCGACACUGCCUAUGAAGCUAUUGAUUCUUUAGACACAUUCCAAUUGCCCUAUUCUCCUAGUGUAGCUUUUGAAGACGAACUGGACCCCUUCGAAGUGAAGCUGCCCGUGACGCGAGCUUUGGUGGAUAUAAUCUGCGAGCUGCUAGCUGACACCAGCUCUCCGUUUGUUCAAGAGCCAAUUGUGAAGGGGUUCUUGCUCAUGCUUGGACCAACGAUGGAACAUUUCCUGGUCAGGCAGGUGGACAAAAUGGUGGAGAAGCUGUGCGUCGAGUUGAUUCGCAUUCCAGAUAAGACCAAUCAGACGACGCUUGAUUUAGAGAUGACAACGUAUAUGGACGCUCUUCUUGAGAGUCUUCCAGAGUCUGUGAAAAUGACGUUUGGUAGGCAUCCUUUAUCGCAAGCGGUUUCAGUGUUCGUGUCGUCGAUGCAGAAUGAAUCCAUCAACCGAGACGUUGCUCUGCAAUUGCUGGAACUGCUGGCGCUCAAACUCAUCGAAGAAUGCAGUCAACUUUCACCGCCGGCCUUCGCCUGAAUCGGUAUUGGUGCUCACUACCGGACCCACGAUGGUCGUGCUAAAGUGCUGUGAGUUCUGUUGUUCACAAUAAAACGUGAUAUGGAGGUACUGAAAUAUACGUAAACCUUAAUUCAUAUGAUUAACCCUCUUUGUUAACAUUAUCUUAUCAGCUCUCUAAUAGAUACUUAUUCAAAUGGAACUUGCAGCAAUGCUUUCGGAAGGUUUUGUGCCCAUCAGUUUGAGUCUGCUGGAGUACAUGGACCAAAUUAUAGUUAGUUAUAUUGUGAUAUAUGUAUGUGGGUACAAAUCCGUCAUUGUACUGUUUCAGCUUAUUUGUACUUUUAUUUAUUGUAUCCAAUUUUAUUUGUAUUUAUUUUCAAUAAAUUGUUUUAUACAGGGUGUUUCAAAAAGACGUGCCAAUAUUUCUAGGGUAGGAAAUAGAUCCAAAAUAACAAAUAAAAUUCCUAUAAAUAUGGGUCCAAAAAUGCUCUUCUGCCGAGAUACAUGGUGAUGAAGUUUUAUUUAUGAACUUGAAAAAAAAUGUAUCUACGGAGCUGGUAAAGAUACUGAGUUAAGAUUUUAGACGUUCAGCAAGCACGUCAUAAGCAAUAAAUACACAGGGACGUAGAAACUGGGGUACCUGGGAACCUAGUAGGAAAUAUUUUCUACGCCACUGCUCUUUUUGGAGAAAAGAAAUACACCUUAUAAAAUGCCAUUUGAUUUUCCAUAAAUUUUCCCUCUUAAGGAAUUUUUGUCAGAUCACCCGUUUUGGAGAUAUUUAGGGUCGAAUAUUUGACGUAAAAUCCUGAAAGAUUUUUAUGGCACCAUAUUAGACCAUUAAUUGAAUAAUAUGCAUGCCUUAUCUUCAAUCAGCGUAGAAGCUUACUAUUCAUUAAAUAUUUCCGUGUUCCGCCACUGGUUUUUCCGGCAUAUUCAUUGUGGUUUGAUAAAGAAACUUCAAAACAAAGAAAACGUUUAUUUCAAAAAUAAACAAGGCUAAUAAGACAAAAAUAAACAUUACAUUUGAUACAACUUACGUGGUUGUUUCUAAAUUUAUGAGGAGAUAACAUUGGGAACAAAAAUAUAUAUGCUAUAAUGCUAUAACAUCCUACCUAGAGGAGGUGUUGAAAGUGACUUCCUCUAGAUUCAACACUAGCCCGUGAUAUACGCCACAAAGACCCUAUGACUCUUUGGAAAAUACCUAGCAUAUUAUGAACAGUGUUGAAAGCCUCCUGUGUUCAUCCUCAUACCUCGUGUCCGAGGUUGCUAACGAUUUGUUGAUUGAGCUCACUUAAUCCAUAAUACUAAAGAAUUUUGAGAAGGCCGAUAAUUUCAGAAGUAAAAUAAGAAUUUUUCUCAUAUUGGUUGCUUCCACAAUUACUAGUUGUCAUUUUAUACAGACAGAAGACUCUAACUGGGGUAAUACCUUAGGAAGUAUACCAUGAAAACCAGUAGCGUGCUUAGACAAGGUUUAAUGAAUGGUAAGCUUCUUCAGUACUGAUUGAUAAGACGCGUAUAUUAUUCAAUUAAUGAUAUAAUGAGGUACCAUAGCUUUCUUCACAUGCCAUAUAGUGUUUCCAGCAUCAAGCAUCAUGGUGUUUUCAGAAUAGGGGAGGCUACACCUUUUCAUAAGGAUAUUUUCGGAUUUUACCUCAUAUAUUCAAACAUAUCUCAAAAACGAGUGGUAUUUUAUAAAAUACAAUCCUUUUCUUAGAAAAACUCACUGGCGUAGAAAAUAUUUCCUAUUAGGGGUCCAGGCACUCCAUUUUCUAUGUUGCUGGAUCAGAUUGGGCCAGGAAACUAUGUGUGUUUAUUGCUCACUGAACGUCUAAGCUCCUACCCAAGUUUCUUUUUCCGCUCAGUAGAUUUACAUAUAUGUAUUUUUUAAAUUCCAUAAACAAAACAUAAUCACCCCGUAUCUCGGUACGGCAGCAUCUUUGGAACUUUAUUGAUAGGAACUUUUUCUGUUAUUUUUGUAUGUACUUCCUACCCUAGGAAUAUUGACACCUCUUGCUGAAACACCCUGUAUAUACAGGAAUUUUGGAAUGUUUGUCUGCAUACUUACCUUGUUUUUUAAACCUACAUGGGAUAGAAAAUAUAUAGCUUUUUUAAAUACACAUAUAUAGUGUUGUUUUCUAUAGCAUGCUAACAAAAAAUGGACUAAACAACAAAAAACGUUUCUCAGUGUUUAAUGACAGGACCUGUCUAAUUCUUACGUUGUCGUGUGAACUAUACAGCAAACAUUCGCAAUAUAGGU